CUCCCGCGCAGGGUGGGUUGCAGAAGCAAAAGAGGAGGAGAGAUCUCCAGACACGAGAGGAGGUUAUAGGAAGAGGAGAAAAGCAAUGCUACAACAAGGAUAUAGCCGAGAGAGGUAGAGGCGGAGAAGAAAAGGAGAAGGUCGUGGUGGUGAUACCUGACGAGACGCCCAGGAAAAGGAAAAGAGGGGGGGCCUCUCGCAGACACUGUAUUUUCUUCCAGGCAUAGGAAACCGUCCCCUCCAAAAUCGGUCCAAUGAACAUGUCAGUGUUGACUUUGCAAGAAUACGAAUUUGAAAAGCAGUUCAACGAGAACGAAGCGAUUCAAUGGAUGCAAGAGAACUGCAUCUGCCUCGUUCUUUCUUUAUGGCCAGCUAUCCUGUGUCUGCCCAUCCAGUGGUGGCUGAUGUCCAUUGGGACUGGUGUGGAGGAAUCCAGGGAGCCCAAACAGUAUGGGUAGCCAGAGUCAAUGACUGGCGGAGCCAGCUAAUUCCAGUUUUGUCCCUCUCCUCUCCUCUGCUGAGUUCUGCAAGGGCAACACUGAGAUUAAGAAUGAGGAGGAAGCUCCUGAGCUGGUUGAAAAAAUCUUUCCUAUUUUCGGCUCUGUAUGCUGCCUUUAUAUUUGGUGGUCGGCAUCUAAUGAACAAACGAGCAAAAUUUGAACUGAGAAAACCACUAGUCCUCUGGUCUCUGAGCCUUGCAGUCUUCAGUAUAUUUGGUGCUGUUCGAACGGGUGCUUAUAUGGUGUACAUUUUGAUGACCAAAGGACUGAAGCAGUCAGUUUGCGACCAGAGUUUUUACAAUGGACCUGUCAGCAAAUUCUGGGCUUAUGCAUUUGUGCUAAGCAAAGCACCAGAACUAGGAGAUACAAUAUUUAUUAUUCUUAGGAAACAGAAGCUUAUCUUCCUCCAUUGGUAUCACCAUAUUACCGUACUGCUUUAUUCUUGGUACUCUUACAAGGACAUGGUGGCUGGUGGCGGCUGGUUUAUGACCAUGAACUACGGAGUGCAUGCUGUCAUGUACACUUACUACGCCUUGCGGGCUGCUGGCUUCAGAGUGUCACGCAAGUUUGCCAUGUUUAUCACUCUGUCUCAGAUCACGCAGAUGUUCAUGGGCUGCAUCAUCAACUACCUGGUCUUUGCCUGGAUGCAACAAGGCCAGUGUCACUCCCACGUUUCCAACAUCGCCUGGUGUUCCCUUAUGUACCUCAGCUACUUUGUGCUCUUCUGCCAUUUUUUCUUUGAGGCAUAUAUUGGCAAAACCAGAAAAGCAAGGAAGGCUGAGUAAUGCUAGAAACUACAGAGAAGCAGCCACUCAGGUCAUCCACAAAACAACAAACACAAAGAGAGAGGGGAGAGAGAGGGAGAGGAAAAAACAAUGGCACAACAAGGCAACAUUUAUAUAUGGUGCCACUAAAACUCAGCAGCUAAGGGACAGCUAGGUUUGUUCAAAGCCAGUAAGUUUAUGAUCCUGUCAUGGUGAGGACUCACUGAAUGAUCUUGCAUCUCAAAAGGCUGCUGUAAGACAUCUUCCUUCUUGCAUCUUAUCUGCUCUUAGAAAACAACAAACACACGUUUUAAAACAAAAAGGAAAGCAAAGGAAAAGAAGAUACUGAUUUUGCAAAAUAAAAUGUUAAAAAUAAA